UCGUUACAUCACGUGGUCUCUGAAACGCCGGCGGUAGCUGUGACGAAAGGCCUCCAUUUCUCCGUGGUGACGACGGGGGGCUAUCUUCCUGUGCUGCCAACAUGAGCUCUUCAGAUGAGGCGUCAGUCCCUGCAUCCUGUGAUGAUGAGGACACCCCUCUUACCGGUGAUAUGAAUCCCCAGGAUCAGGUGUCUGUUCCUGAAGCUCACUUGGGCCAGGAGGGCAGGGAGCGUUUAUGGGACCCUGUGAUCAGCCCCAGAGUUCCAGGGCGUCCGAGCCUCAUCCAAGGUCCUCUGGAGAUUGGAGAGGAUGAGGGCAGCUUCCCAGGCCCCGAGAGCAGUGAAUUGAGGUCUGGGCCUCAGUUGGAAGCAACAGAGGAAAGAGACAGGGUCCUUAGGGAUCCAGAAUGCUGGAUCACUUCUCCCUUAGACCAAGAAGAGGUCAACUUGGAUUUCUUGCCCCAGCUCAGUGUUGAGGCCAUGACUGUAAUGCGAGAGCUGGCCAACCUACAGCCCCGAAAAAUCAUCAGGUACCCGUCCCCACAAACUUGUGCCGCUGAACUGGCUGCACUCUGGGGAAGCAUAGAUGAAGGCUCCAACAGAGGGGCACUAUCCCUGAGCUCUAUGAGAGGGAAACAGGCUCCUGAAGGUGCACUGUUCCCCAGAAGCCUUGGGCGAGGCAGAGCCUGGGUGACCCCAAGAAGAGGCACCAUGGGCAGGAUGGUGAGCAGUGAAGGUGUCCAAUAUCCCUCUUCAAACCCUGUGCCUUCUGAUGAGUUCAGUGACACUCACAUGAUGAAAGUAACCAUUGGCCUCAAAGAAGGAGACCAGGCCAGGUCCAGUGGCCUCACUGAGCUGGAUAACAUAGCCAGACACACAAAUGUCCAAGGCAGAGGAAAUUUUGUCCAUGUUCCCCCUUCUUCACUGUCCAGUGCUACUAGGGGAGUCAGCUCAGGCAUGGAAAGGCAGGCUUCAGGAGAACUGGAAAGCUCUUUCGCUAAGAAAAAGCCAAAUAUGGUCUGGGGUAAAGAAGGGAGCAGGCCCAGCUACCAAGGAGCUACUGCAGCUGCUGCCACCUCCUCUGCUGCUGCCUCUGCCUCAGCUUCUGCAGCUUCAGGUGCCCUGCACAAGACGAGUCCAAAAAAGAAGCAAGCCCAAGAGAAGAUCUCCUCCUCAGAUGUCUUAAGAGGACCCCAGGGGAGAAACUUGCCACCAUGGGGGCAGAGACUCAAAUCAGCACCUGUGGGGCCAUCCGCCCUACCCCCAAUCUCAGGGGUUGCCCUGCUAGGGAAGGCCAGUAAAUGCUCACUGCCUUCAGGGCCCAAAGAGUUCAAGCCCUUCUACACUGGGAAGAAAUCCACGACAAAGAAGACAAGGGAGACACAGUCAGGGCCCAAAGAAGAU